AUGGAAAGUAGCUCCAUUUUGAAAAGUAUUUCCACUUUAGAGAACUUCAACGAAAUAGCCAUAGUCUUCUCAAAAAGCUUCAAAAACCAGAUAAAAAGCAUUUAUGAAGACUUGACGAUGCGAUUUCCAACCAAGGACGUCUAUCUAGUUCCAUCCAAUGACAUUCUGUGCUCUGCCAAAUGCGACAAAUACGAAGCCUAUGUCUUGGUUGGAAUCGAGUGUCCGAUCCAUACAUUCGAGAAUGCAGUACAGUUCAAGGUUGAGUUAAAGCCUGAAGUUAAGGAUAAAAUCAAAAGCUAUGAUGGCAAAGUGGCGUUGGACUCGAUUUACACGAAUGACGGACUGGUGAAUAAAUCAGAUGAGUUCUGUGAAUCAGAAGCCCACGGCGCUGACACACCAAUACUGGUUGUAACUGAAAAUCAGAUGGUUUUUGACUACUAUUCGUAUAAAUAUGAGAAUAUUGAAAAGUCGAGCGAAGAUCUAAAAUCACGAACCCGUGUUUCAUACUUGAUGAAGGAAAAUGCAAGUGGAGGUAAGCUAGAAAAUAAAAGAAUGGUUGGUGUUGUUUUUACCAGCAGGGCUUUUGAGGAUAUUGCCACUUCACUGGUCAAGACUAUUAAUCAAUUCUCACGGGCUUACAAAAUAUUCUUGAAAGACGUUAGCUAUGAAAGAUUAAUUAGCAUUGACAAUAUAGACUGCAUCGUUCUUGUUGACUGCCCAUUUUUCCAAUGUAGUUUUGAUCUUCACAUUCCCAUUCUGACACCCUUUUCAGUGAAUUGCUAUAUGACCGAAAAGUGGAGUGACCAGUAUAAUAGAAAUAGUUUUGAAUGCAGCGAAACAAAAGAAUUGGCAAUCCAAAGCCAUGCAGGUGAAAUUAUGGAGACAAGAUGGUUUAAAGGGGCGGUGUUUAGAACCGAGGAAGAAGAUAUGAAUAUUUACAAGGGCAGAAAAGGCAUAGCGACGGAAUAUGACGAUGAGGGCAAGAUAUAA